AUGGAAACAUAUCACGGCUUUGUGCGGACACCCGCAGACGCUAUCAAGCUCUUCGAGGCUUGCAGACUCGGCCUUCUCCCUCGCGUCCAGCGCAGGCUAUCAGAAAAGGAACGCCAAUCCAUCCGAUCGGGCUCAGUCUUUGUUUGGGACGAGAGGGAAGCCGGCAUGAGGAGAUGGACCGAUGGAAAGUCGUGGAGUGCCAGCAGAGUUUCCGGCAGCUUCCUGACAUACCGCGAGAUGGAGGGCAAGCGCGGUAGCGGCUUUGGCGGCGGCAGACGUGGUGCCGGCAAGACUCCCGACUCUGGUCGCGGUAGCGACGAAGACCAGGAGGACGGUGAGCCUGAGGGCUACAGAUACAAGGCGGACGGUCUGAUGAAGCAGUCCUUCAGCAUCACCACUUCGACCGGCCAGCACCUUCACCUCAUUUCCUACUACUCAAGGCCGCACCCCGGAACACCAGAGCUCCAACAGCCCAGCACCGACCCCCAGCUGAGGCACAUCACGCCCAUGAAGGGCAUGUACCCCGAGUCCAGCCUGCACGAGAGCAACCCGACGCCCGCCCUCACGAGAGGACCGAUGAUGACCCAGGCGCCCUACAUGGCUCAGCAACACCCUCAACAGCAGAUGCCCGCCCAGCCUUACCCUCCUCAGUACGCCCAGCAGCAGACCGGCUACUGGCCUCCGUCGCCUGUGGCCACUCCUCCUUACAGCCACUACACCACCUCUCCCUACCCUCCUCAACAACCUCCUCAACAUCACCUGCCUCCUCCGCAGGUUUCGCACGCGCCUGUGCCAGCUCCCCACUACUCUCACGCGCCGCCGCCGCCUCACCACCUCUCUCCUUACGAGAGAUCUCCCCUCCCACCGCCAACGGCCCAGAAGCAGACCCUUCCGCCUUACGCUCCUCAACACCAGUCUCCGCGUCUCGCCCAGAUCCAGAUGCGCAGCACUUCAGAAUCUCCUCGCAUUUCUCACCUGCAAGCCCAAGCAGCCCAGGCCGUCAUGAUCGAUCCCAGACUUGGCAACCGCGGUUCUCAAGGGCCCCUGCCGGGAGUCAACGCCGUUUCUGGCCCUCCCUCCACCAGCCACCCCAUCACCCACACACCUCCAAACCGCACCCUGUCCGUCUCUCCUCCCAGGAGUACGCACUCGGACGCCAACGGUGUUACUCCUGCCCCGGCGAACAAGGCCAGCCUGUCGGCGCUCCUGCUGCACCCUACGCCCUCCAGCUCGGAGGUCAGCAGUGCCAACGCCAUCAGCAGCGCCAACAGCUCCCCGAGAACAGCGGGUGCCAUUGCCGGCUUGCCGCCGCCGAUGGACCGUCCUGCGGGCAUGAGCCACGACGCCAAGGCACUCCAGAUGCUGGACCGCAAGUUCUGCAUUUAG